AUGAGACCACAGGUCUACAUUAUCAAUGUGACUUGGUCUGAUUCCACCUCCCAGACUAUCUAUCGGCGAUACAGCAAGUUCUUUGACCUGCAGAUGCAACUUCUGGAUAAGUUCCCCAUCGAAGGUGGUCAGAAGGAUCCCAAGCAAAGAAUCAUCCCCUUCCUCCCAGGUAAGAUCCUGUUCCGGAGGAGUCACAUUCGAGAUGUUGCUGUGAAGAGAUUGAAGCCCAUUGAUGAAUAUUGCAGGGCACUUGUCCGCCUGCCCCCUCACAUCUCCCAGUGUGAUGAAGUCUUUCGGUUCUUUGAGGCUCGGCCAGAGGAUGUCAAUCCCCCCAAAGAGGACUAUGGAAGUUCCAAGAGGAAAUCAGGUAAGCAAUGGGACCCCUCUUCUGUUUGUCUUUUCCUUCUCCUUCUUUUGCCUGUUGCAUGUACUCUGGAGACUCUUUCCAGAUCACCUGGGGUCACGAAGAAUGACUUGCACUCCCAAACAUCUGGAGUACGUUUUUCUUGAGGUUUCUCACCUGUUUGCCAGAGGAUAAAACCCAAUUUAUAAAAUCCAGGGGUCACCUCCCGUGUGCCAGCCCAGCCCCUCGGCGUGCUCAGGAAGAACUAUCCAGCAGAAAACCCCAAACCUAAACCCAGCCCUUUUCUUUCCUGCUCUCCUUUUCUCUCCUGCUCUCCUUUUCUCUCCUGCUCU